GGAUUAACAGCAGUAGGGAUAUCAUUGGAACAUCCUACUUAUGACAUCAUAGGCACAUAUAUUUGUUCAUAUGGACAAUCAUCCAAGACCAUCGAUAUACAAGUCGCUGAUAUUGAUGUCAUCCAAAAGUUGAAAAUGCCAAGUAAUUUCAAUGAAGUGAUCAAAUAUGCUACACAUUUAAGGAAUGCCACAGGAAUCAAAGGCUGGAAUAAGAAAUCAUCUAUUUUACAGAGCCAAGGGAGAAGCUUCAACUGCAAAAUUUCAUCUUCCAAAACAACAUCAACAGCAAUUCAUAAGGUUCGUCCAAGUGACAUUCAAKUGAUUGCAGCUGUAGGAGAUGGUUUUACAUCUGGUUUUGGAGGCAAAGCGUCAUCAUGGAAUGGAUUUUUCACCGAUUACAAAGGGAUUUCAUGGAGUAUUGGUGGUGAAGGACAACUUAACACAACAGCAACUCUUCCAAAUAUCAUCAAAGAAUUCAGCCCUAAAUUGAAAGGAUCCUCUGCAAGCCAUUUUGAUUUGAACAAAGCAAAAGCACAGCGUUCAUCUGAAGGUCUAAAAGGUCAAGUAAAUGAAGUCAUUACAGCCAUGAAAAAUGACAAGUUAUUGUGUAAUUUUUAUUUCCAGUCRAUUGACUAUCAGAAUGAUUGGAAACUACUAACUAUCUGGACMGGAAUGGUGGAUCUGUGCUAUAUUUGUCAAGACCCUAUCAAGUAUAGCAGCAACAAUUACAUUAAGAACAUCAUGCAAGCACUAAAUACCCUCAAGAAAGAGGUUCCAAGGCUAUAUAUCAACCUAGUGCCACCAAUGGAUGUCAGUGUUUUAAAUGAACUGUUUACAAAGAACCCUACCUGCCAAAUACUCAAUCAGAAUGCUUGUCCGUGUGCAUCAACAUCAAAUAACAAUUCCAGGCACAUUGUAUCUGAAGCUGCCAAGGAAAAUUUGAAUUUGUUAGAGAAACUAGUGAACAGUGGCAUCUAUGAUAUCAAUGAUCAGUUUACUGUGGUUCUACAACCCUUUAUCGUCAAUGGACCAAGAAAUAAGACUGGGAAACUUGCUGAAGAAUUGUUUGGACCAGACUGUCUUCAUUUCAAURCUAAAGGUCAYGCUGAAGCAGCUGUAGCUUUGUGGAAUAGCAUGCUGGUACAUAUACCUAACAAACCAAUGGAUUGGAAUAUAGACCAGCUCAUUAGCUGCCCAACCAAGACCUCUCCAUUUUUCCCUACCAAAAUGAGUAGCAAUGUUGUCAAAAGUGAUGAUGAUGAUGAAGGCACCAUGCCACCUGCCGCAGCUGUYACACUGUCAAUUAUUCUUAGCAUCACAGUUCUUGGAGUUACCAUAUUUGUAUGGAGAAAUAGAAAGUCAAGGUCACGUAAUGACACCAUGAGACUACUGUCUUUUCCUCACAAACCAAGGAUUUAGUACAAUUUUUACUGUAAAUAAUAUAUAAUAGCUUGAUUGUCAGUAGCAAAAUWAGUUGUUUAUAUCAAAAAUACAAAGAUUUGCCAGCUGACUUUCUAGUUUUGGAAAGAAAGAAAAAAGUAAAAUAUAUAAAGGACUGCUUGCAUUCUGAUAAAAAAAUCAAAUUUCUAAGACUAAUGCUUUAAUGUUAUAUGUUUUGGCAAAUGGGAUUCAAAUUUCUUUCAGUCYUAGCUAUGAUAUGUCACAUUUGGUGCAACUCAACAAUAUUUUCUCAAUUAGGUGUAYAAUUAUAAAUAUCAUGUAAAUAUCUUUGGGAGAUGUUUCAUGAUUGUAAAACUAAUACAUGUAUGUAUGCUAUAAUGAUUAAUAUAAAGUUAACCAUCUGUUUCAAAAUUAUCAUAAUCUAUAUUUUAAUUAAUUCACUGUUUUAUUUGGUAAUCAAAUUUCUCUAAAGUAGAUUAGGUAUUUUAUGGAAUAUCCAAUGUAUAUGACUGAGGUUUACAUUUGUAAAUUCACAAUUUUAUUACUACAUAAGUUUAUUAAGCAAAGUCUAAGUGUUUUUCUGGCUGUGAAGUGCACAGACUACCAGCAAUACAGUCUAACUUAAAUAUAAAAACAAUUAUAGCAAACAUAAGUUAUGCUUAAUAUUCAACUAUAUGCAGUCUUGUAUAGAGUGCUCAAUUUUGGAGUUUUAAACUGUGAGAGAGAUUAGCUUUUCUAAAGACUUGCACAGCAUUGUAAUUUCACUGAAAAUAUUUCAAUACUUAGGUUUUACACUAAAAAUGCAAUACUUUCAAUAAAAAAUGCAAUAUUUCAUAAAUAAAAGACUGUCUGAUAUGAA